GCUGAAAGCAGCUGUUUCCAGAUGUUUUCAUGCUAAAGUUAAAACAGGGCUGUUUAUUGGUUCCCCAGCAGCUCAUUUUUAAACCAAUCACUAAUCAGUGAAUCUGCUGAUCAGCCUUUGGUUUAUCGAUAAAUCCUGUAAUGACAUGUUGAAGCCUUCAAACUUUAGUUUGAAAGUCUGUGACGUAGCAGAUAAAGAUUGCCAACUUUUAUUUUGAAAAUAGAGACUCAAUGAACCCAAAACAAAGAAAUAAAAGUUUAAUUUUUAAUUUCAGUCACUGAGCUUUUUUUAAAAACGAGCUUUUAUUUUGAAAAAUAGAUCAAUUAAUUGACCUGCUAAUUGAGGUGUGUCCAGUUGUGACAUCACAGCAGCCUGAAAGCAAACCUGUGUUUAGGUUUACAUCUAGAUUUAAGGCGCUCACAGACAUGUCCACCUUAAAUCACGUUUCAGGGGACUUCAUACAGGUGUUCACCUUUAAACACCUGCAUGGCAUCAUCAUCAUCGUCGUCGUCGCUGUCAGGUUACCUCAGGUCGUCUGCAGGUGUCGAUGUGUCGCGCUGACUCGUCAGCAUCUGAACGAUCUGAACGUGGCCGAGCCGGUUCGACUCGUCACACCUGCGUUACAAGCACUGAGCUCUGAUUGGCUCACGGAAACGACGCCGACAGGUCUGAUGUGUAUCAGCUGAUGUGAGCGGAGUCAGGAGCAGUUCAGUUUGAUCCUCAGACACAGGGACGAGUUUACCUGGCCCAGGUUGAGGUGAGUCCCUCGUAACCUGCCCACGAGGAUCCCCUGGAUCAGGGCCUCCUCUCCUCCAGGUGUUCACCUGCUGCAGGUGAGCCUCCAGAACUGAUCCAGGACCGCGUCAGACCAAUGUGGAGGACUUUGAGCUUCUGCAUGAGCGUAAUGGUAGGAUGGACAGUUGGUGGGGGUGGAGUCUCACCUGUGGAUGGUUAUAAAUGAAAAUCGGGGCGAGUUUGUUCUUUCGAAGCACUUCCAGCCAGGUGCAGCUGUUGCCACGGUGACGGUGGCAUGAUCAGAGCUGUUUGUUUGGACACAGAAGCUCGUGAGGAGUGGGAGCUCGCCUUGUCUUCAUCGGUUUAAGAGCGGCUGACUCAUGGUUAGUCGCUGGUUGCCAUGGUAACUGUGGACCAAGCUGAAGGACAGGCAGGCAUGAUGAUGAUGAUGAUGAUGAUGAUGAUGAUGAUGAUGAGGGGCUGAUGGGAAAUAAAACAGCUUUAAAGGAACAUUCCACCCAUAUGUGCCGUUUCAAAGCUGCUCAUCUUGUUUUUCUGUCUCCCCCGCAGUGAAGCAUCAUGGGAGGUGGCAGAUGGACGAGCCGGCCGUGGGCCGACCAGUGACACGCACACGCUGAGACACACGCACACACACACACACACACACACACAAUGGAACAAGGCUUCAGCUUAAACACGUUGAAGAAGCUGGCAGCAGAGCCCGACUACACAGACGUGUCGCUGACGGCAGCGGAGCGCGUCCGAGCGCUGGGGAAGAUGGGAUGCUGCGUGGAGAUCAACGAGGACAUCGCGCCCAGACGCUACUUCCGCUCGGGUGUGGAGAUGGAGCGCAUGGCGGCGGUUUACCUGGAGGAGGGCAGCCUGGAGAACGCCUACGUCCUCUACACCAAGUUUAUCACUCUAUUUGUAGAGAAGCUGCCCGCCCACAGAGACUACCAGCAGUGCACCGCCAUCCCUGAGAAACACUUCAUCAUGAAGAAACUUCAGGAGGUGGCGUUUCCCCGUAAAGACGAGCUGAAGAAGCGCCUGGAGGAGAAAUACAGCAGGGAACACAGCGAAUACCUCAGAGCCCAGAGCCAGGCGGCGGUCGUGGUGCACGGGUGUGGCCAGCAGCUGUCCCUAUUGGACGAGGACAGGAGAAGGUUCCUGCUGCUGGAGGAGGAGAGGCAGCGCGUCGCCGCUCUGCGACGCAUGCAGAUUGAAUCGGAACAGUUUCGCUACUUCGAGGACCAGCUGAGACGCCAGGAGCUGGCCAAUAAGAGAGGAGUGGAGGCGGAGCAAAAGGUUCAGACCAAAGUGCCUGAGGUGACAGACGGCUCCCGUCUGUCCCAGCAGCCAAUCAAAAACAGCAUACGAUCCCAGGGGGCAGACCCUAACAGAAACAGACCGCCUGCCCCUGUGAGCCAACCCGCCGCCACGCUGGCUGGAGUACAGAGUGAGAGGGUGGAGGGCCUGAGGCGAGUCCUGAUUCCCAAAGGGCUGACUCAGAGUUUCCUCUCGCUGGCCCGGUCGAACACUGCCAGAGGAAUCGAGACCUGCGGCGUCCUCUGCGGACAGCUGACGCACAACGAGUUCACGCUGACUCACGUCGUAGUCCCCAAACAGACCGCCGGCCCGGAUUUCUGCGACAUGGAGAACGUGGAGGAGCUGUUCAGCUUCCAGGAUGAGCAUCACCUGCUGACGCUGGGCUGGAUCCACACUCAUCCCACUCAGACGGCCUUCCUGUCCAGCGUCGACCUCCACACUCACUGCUCAUAUCAGCUGAUGCUGCCGGAAGCCGUCGCUAUCGUCUGCGCGCCAAAACACAACGACACAGGUGUGUUCAGGCUGACCGACCUGGGGAUGUCCGAAGUUUCUGCCUGCAAGCUGAAAGGUUUCCAUCCUCACUCCAAGGAGCCGCCGCUCUUCACGGUGUGCAGACACGUCGUGUUCAGGGACUUGCGGCUUAACCUGCUGGACUUCAGGGUUUAGACAGGAAGCACUGGCAGGCUUUUAUUCUGAAGAGGAAACUGUGAACGCACCGCCGGUGUAUGCUGACACGUUGUGAUGUCGGAUUUACAGGAAACUUUUAACACUUUUAAUUUUUGGUGUUUUUUUGUUGUUGUUUGUUUUGUUUUUUUGCUGCUGAGCCACUGCAGAUGGCGAGGGCGAGGGGGGGAGAUCUCAGGCCAGUGAGCUGCUCUGAUUGGGCAGUUAAUAAAAAGCUUACUGAGACCUAACCUCAGCUGAAGCUGAUGUCACAGCAGCGCUGUGAAAAUGGCGUCUGCAGAGACCCAGAUUGUGCCAAGUUACGGCGUGGGCCAAGCUCCCGUCGAGGCGACUGCCAGCGAGCCGUUUGAGACGCAGUUUGAUGUUUUAAAUGAAAGAUGGACUGGGAGCAGACGCGAGCGAGUGCCUCGCCUGGAAAACAUGUGAACGUUGAAGCGUUGGCGCUCUCAAGGACGAAGCCUCUCCACGCUUCACUCAGACUAAAAAUGAUCUUUAACCGCCACAGCUUAGUUUCAGUGCUGAAAUCCUGCUGCCAUCUCUGACCCUGAACGCCUCGCGCGUCCACCUCUGAGCUUAAAGGCAGGAAAUCAUGAUGUGGAUUUCAGAAUAAAACCUGAAGCUGCGCUGUCACCUGUGCAGUAUUUGCCCCGAGUCCUGCCUGUCAGGCCGCACCCGUCCUGCGGGGCCGCUGAUUGCAGCGCUAAGGCGCCCCCGGUAGUCAGCUGAUAUCCACCAAGCUUGGCUGUGACCUUACUUCCUGUUAGGCAGCUUCCCUGACACUCUGAUUGGCUGUGGCGGUUCAGUGUUGUGAGGUUUGGUCUCAGAUCGGAGGUGAAAGUCGUUCUUUGAGCUCUUCGCUGCUGCAGAUGUGAAACUGUGAGGAGACUCUUACCACUCUGUCAUUUUAGGCGAGACCGUUCACGCCAUAAGCUACUCUGACCUUUGACCUCGAGUGGGGUGCCAUGUAAGGGGUGGCAGACAGCAGGGGGCGCUGCAGGCUCAGGUGAAGGCCGUGUGCAUCGUGUAAAGCUGGCUGGCGUGGCGCUCACAGCGGGCCCUUUUAAACUUCUUGCAGAUGAAAUUAUUUUCUGAUGUUUCUCUCGUGGUGCGUUCAAAGCGCCCCACAGCUGGAGGACUUCUCAGUGUGUGCACCAGCAGAUGUUUUCUUGUUGAGCUGUUGUGUGACUGUUUUUUGCUGAUGACGUUUUGACAAACUGUGACCUGACUGCUGUUUUUAACUUUUUGGUAAUAAAACACCCUCUGCUGCUCCAGCA